AUGUUCUCCUCUGUGAAGGCCUUUGAGGGGCAGCAGUAUUCGGCGCUGAAGAAACAGUGCCUGCAAAGUGGGACUCUGUUCGAGGAUCCAUUCUUUCCCGCUGUCGAUGACUCGCUGUUCUAUCAGGGGAACCGCAUUGGCCGAGUGCACUGGAAAAGACCUGGGGAGCUGUGUGAUGAUCCUCACUUGUUUGUGGAUGGGAUCAGCGCUCAUGAUCUGCACCAAGGGCAGCUGGGAAACUGCUGGUUUGUUGCGGCGUGCUCAAGCCUGGCCUCACGCGAAUCUCUGUGGCAGAAAGUUAUCCCUGACUGGAAAGAGCAGGAAUGGGAUCCGGAGAAACCAGACUCUUACGCAGGAAUCUUCCACUUCCGCUUCUGGCGCUUUGGUGAAUGGGUGGACGUGGUGAUCGAUGACCGCCUGCCCACAGUGGACAAUCAGCUGGUGUACUGCCACUCAAAUGACAGCAAUGAAUUCUGGAGUGCCCUGGUGGAGAAAGCUUAUGCCAAAGUAUAUGGAUGCUAUGAAGCUCUGGAUGGUGGGAACACAGCCGAUGCUUUAGUGGACUUCACUGGUGGAGUCUCGGAGCCAGUGGACCUGCUGGAAGGAAUGUAUGCUCAGGAUGAAGCAGCUAGGAACCAGUUGUUCGAGAGAGUGCUGAAGGUCCACAACCGAGACGGACUCAUCAGCUGCUCCAUCAGGGCGACCACAGUAGAGGACAUGGAGGCUCGGCUGGACUGUGGGCUGGUCAAAGGUCACGCUUACGCAGUCACUGACGUUCGGAAAGUGCGCCUGGGCCACGGCUUGCUGGCCUUCUUCAAAUCUGAGAAGCUGCACAUGAUUCGCAUGAGGAACCCCUGGGGGGAGAAGGAGUGGAGUGGGCCAUGGAGCGACAGCUCGGAGGAAUGGAAUAAGGUGAGCAAGAGCGAGAGGGAGAAGCUGGGAGUCACAGUGCAGGAUGACGGAGAGUUCUGGAUGAACUUUGAGGAUUUCUGUCACUACUUUACUGACUUCAUCCUGUGUCGGCUUAUCAACACAUCCUACCUGAGCAUCCAUAAGACCUGGGAAGAGGAGGUGAUGAGAGGAUCCUGGGUGUACCGAGACGACCCUCUGCGUAACCGCUCAGGAGGCUGCAUCAAUCACAAAGCCACUUUCCUGCAGAACCCUCAGUACGUGUUUGACGUGAGGAAGUUGGAGGAUGAAGUCUUGAUCUGCUUGCAACAGAAAGAGAAAAGGGCAACUCCCAAAGAAGGCAAAGGAGAAAACCUGGCUAUCGGCUUCGAUAUCCAUCGGGUGGAACUGAACAGAAAGUACCGCAUGCACACAGCCCAGCAGAAAGUCGCAGGUUCUAUCUACAUCAACUCUCGCUGCGUCUUCCUGAGGAAAGAGCUGAAAGAGGGCCGCUACGUCAUCAUCCCCACGACCUUUGACCCGGGUCAGCAGGGAGACUUCCUGCUCCGGGUUUUCACAGAUGUGCCUUCAGACUGCAAAGAGCUGACCCUGGACGAGCCUCCUCAGACAUGUUGGACGGGGAUGUGUGGAUAUCCUCAGCUGGUCACUCAGGUGCACGUGCUGAGUGCUGAGGGGCUACAGGGUCAAGAUUCUAACGGAGAUCCAUACGUGAUUAUCACCUGUGAGGGGGAGAAAGUUCGAUCACCUGUGCAUAAGGACACCCGAUGUCCCAACUUUGACAUCAAGGGGGUGUUCUAUCGCAAAAAACCAAAGGAAGGCAUUCACAUUGAGAUCUACAACAAGAAUGUAAUUGUAGACACCUUCCUGGGUCAGGUGACCCUCUUCAGUGACCCAAAUGACCGACAGGAGCAGCACAUUGUCCACUUGAGGGACAAAGGCAGCCGUCAAGAUAAUGACCUCCCCGGCAUGCUGACUGUUCGUCUGAUCACCUGCACCACAUUGACCAACAUCUGA